CGACGCACGCGCAGACAGCCAGCACGCGCGACUUGACAGCGAUUUGAAAAUCGAACGCGCAAUUUGACAUUUUCGAUAUUUUUUUAAUUUGUACGUCGGACCUUUAGUCACGAUUUCUUGGUGAUAUUUUGUGAUGAAAAUUGAUUUUCGAAUGUGCUGUGUUGUGAAUUUGUUUGGUGUUUUUCAGCGGUAUGAGCGCUUCGUUUAAUUUUGUUACAGAUACCCUUCACGGUAGUUUUGAGCGAUUAAAGCGAGUGGAAUUACCAAGGUGCGCAAUGCGGGUGCAACGGUGGUAGAGGGCCGGAGGGCGGCCGGACGGGGCUCGCGCGCGCCCCUCCGCCCGCCUGCCCCGCGUAGCGACACGCGCGAUGCUUAUGGCAAGCGCCCUGCCCACUUUGCUCGCGGUGCUGUGUGGGGCAGUGGCGGGCGCAGGCGACGUGAUGGGAAACGCGAGCCGCGUGCGCCGCACGCCCCAACCGCACCACGCACACCGCGUGCUAACGGACGAAGAGUUAGACUCGACGGCAGCGUGGAAGCGGUCGCACUGGCGCGAGAUGCAAUCGAUACUGCGGAAGGAAGGCUCCCAAAGGGACGUUGUCGAGUGCUGUCCCUCUGUACUCGAAAUGGUCGCCAAGAAAGGCGGCCGAACACCGACCGGCCUCUACGUGGAACUAUACGAGGACGGUGAGAACAAGCAGCGGCUCUAUGAGCUCUCCUGCGCCCCGGAGGUCGUCGACAAGCCCUGUCGUUUCGUCGACGCUCGCCUCUACAACCAAUCGAGGUGCGUCCAGAAGUAUUCCUACUCCUACGCGCUGGUUCGGUACUCGGCCGCCACGGAGAUGCCACAGCGGCAUCGGCCCGAAGGACAUUUCUCAGUGCCCGGGUCGGGCGGGUGGUCCAUGGACUAUGUUAUAGUGCGUGCGGGUUGUGAGUGUCAAAUAACGCCGCCGAAACGUAAGAGUGCACAUCGGAAGCGCCUCGAGAGGCACAGGCAGAGGAAGAGGAACAGGCGGUUAGAGGAGGACGACGAUACUUGAUUUGUGAGUGUCGAUCCAGUGGACUUUGAACAAAUUGCGGAAUUCCCGACAUAGUUUUUAGGAGGUUAGUCGUAGCAUCUGGUAUUUAGUGUUUACAAUUGCGUAUUUUUGAUAUAGUAUAUAUGCUGAUCGAAGCGACGCUUGUAUUAUUCGUAAUUACAACAUAUAUAGUCGUUGCUAAUUCUUCUUAGACAUGAUCUAAUGUUAAAUUGAUAGUAGUAUGCAGGUUGUAUAAUUCGAAGUUAGUCGGAUGCUGCGACGCGUAACCUCACCAACGUUACCGAUGCCAUCAAGUAAGGCGUACGCUUGGUACAUCAACUAUCGGUACUUCAUUGUAUUUAUUAUGAAAUUUUCGUCUAUUUAAUACGCUUCUUGUCUUGUGAAAUUAACGUUGAUCUUAUGAAACAGUGCCUUCACUUUGUGCCUUAUCUAGUAUUUCUAGUUUAUAUGUCAAUUGUAACUCGCUUUACAGUUUCGUCAUUUGUAACAAUUCAUUUUGAUAUACAUGUUGAAUUAUUCAUAAGUGAAUUUAGAUUUCCUUUAGUUUUUUGUUAAACAUCACAUUUGUUUUUGUGGAACCGAUAUUCAGUGAAUGUUAACACUAUUACUUACUUAACUUUAAAAUCGAUAUAUAUAAGAUAUAAUCUUGAAUACAUAUACGAAAAUAAACUCACGAGUAUUUGUCAGUUGAAAUUAUACAUCAAAAUUAUAUUUAAUCCUUAGAUUAUUUAUAUAUAAAGACGAAGUGUCACACUUCAAUAGAACUGAAACAAACGAGCCACUUUUUUAUCUUGGUGUGCGUGACAGUUACGUUUGAUACGUGUCAAACGUCAUACAGUUUUACUAGUGUGCGUUUAAUUAGUUUUUUUUUCGAGAACGCGUUCUAUUCGACAGUCUAUCUAGACAUAUAAAUAAUCAAAGAUUUAAUCUUAAAAUUAAUACGUAGCUUGUAACUGGCACAAAGUGUGUUUCUUCUGAAUCACUGCGCAUACUGUUUAUACCAUUUAUUUAAAAGAUAUAGUACAGGAGUGACGAUAGUCAGUUUAAAUACUAUCUUCACGUUAUACCAUACUUACUAAAAUUAAUUGAAAAAAAAACUAACGGCCUUACUUAUAAAACCUGAUUGGAGGGGUUUGUUUAAACACAUAUUUAUCUCUUUCUGACAUAUCGAUUUGACAUUUAAAAGAAAUAGACAGCGCUAUUUCAAUGAUCACUCUUAAACAAAUUGAAUAAGAAGCCGUGAAUGUCUUAUACAACAAAAUUAUCAUUAUUCCAACAAAGCGUAGCGCAGUGAUUAUUAAUCGUUUCAUGAAUGCUCUCUCAUUACAUAAAAAUUAAGAAUAUUUAUUCGAGAUUUUUUUUAUAAUUUUUUUUUGUUAUCGUAUUUUAAAUGUAUUUCCUUCGUAGAUUUAAGUGUCGAGUCAAAGAUCUGUAUUAUUUUCUAUUUUGUAAUACUUUUAUUGUAUUUAAAUAUUAGUUUCUAAGGAUUUAUUCAUUUAUUUAUACUGUGUAAUACGAGGUAUUCCGAUAUUUGUAUGGAUAUUGUGUAUGUAGAGGUCGCUUCCAUAAUUAUAUUCAUGUAUAUAAUAACAAUAGUAUUAUGGACUGAGAUUAUUUUGUGCAUUUAAAUGUGGUAAUGGAAUUGUAACGCAACAUUUAUUUUGUAAAUUCUACAUAGUAGAAAUUAAUUCCGUGCAGCGCCAUCUAUCGUCGAGUAGAUAACUUUUAUUUUACGUCAAUAUCCCACAGGUGGCGUACCAAGUCUCUUUUUAAUUUUUUACGCUAGCAACUUACACAACAGUGCCAUGAGUAAUUUUUUAGUGAAUCGUAAUUUAACAACGCUAUGAAACAUUUAAGUCGAUGUUAAAGAUUGUUGUAUUGUAUCGAAUAGUUUUACAAAUCCGAAUUGGGCGUACUUAUGUAUUUAUUUUCAAAUUUUACUCAUACCAAAUUAAACGUGCUUAGAUUAUUUAGGUAUUAUUUUCGAAAUCUACUUAAAAUUAAUUAUUUAUUUCAAGGCAAAAC